UAAACGGAAGUAGGUACGUGGCUGCUUCAGCUGACAGUCUACAUGAUGGCGACAGAGGUUCAGAGCGGCGACCUCGACAGUGCUACUUCCAGCCGGCUCGAAGUUUCCAUCGAUGGCCUCACCCUCAGUCCCGACCCGGAGGGGGAACAGGGCCAGGUCGAAGAACCGGACCCCAAACCCGCGGAACCCGAGACCGAUACGCCGGGAGCCGCUGGGGGCGAAGAUGGAGAGACUGCCAAAUCUGCGAUAGAGAGGAAAUGGGGCUUUCCUCUACAAGAGCUCUACGGAAUGGCACUCAAAUUUUUCAAAGAUAAAGAUGGCAAAGCUUUCCACCCAACCUAUGAGGAGAAGCUUCGACUGGUGGCUCUGCACAAACAGGUGUUACUGGGCCCUUAUAAUCCUGAUGCUUCCCCGGAGGUCGGCUUCUUUGAUGUCCUAGGCAACGAUCGCAGGAAAGAGUGGGCCUCCCUGGGUAACAUGGAGAAGGAGGAGGCCAUGGUGGAGUUUGUCAAGCUGCUUAACAAGUGCUGUAACCUCUUUGCUCCCUAUGUCACAUCACACAAGAUAGAAAGAGAGGAACAGGAGAGGAAAAGGAAAGAGGAGGAGGAACGUCAGAGGAGGGAAGAGGAGGAGAGGGAGCGACAAAGGCAGGAGGAGGAGAGACGCAGGCUUGAGGAGGAGGAAAGGUUGAGGAGAGAGGAAGAUGAAAGAAGACAGGCAGAUGAGGAGAGGCUACGGGUUGAGCAGCAGAAACAACAGAUAAUGGCAGCGCUAAAUGCCCAGACAGCGGUGCAGUUUCAACAGUAUGCUGCCCAGCAGUACCCCAACAGCCCAGAGCAACAGCUGGGCCUCAUCCGUCAGCUCCAGGAGCAGCACUACCAGCAGUACAUGCAGCAGCUCUACCAGGUCCAGCUGGCCCAGCAACAGGCGGCCUUACAGAAGCAGCAGCAGCAAACUGAUUCGAUGGUACAGGGGACACUGGAAUCUAGCAACUUCAACAGUGGGGAACCUGUCCCUGCCUCAGCAGCGGGACCAUUGUGUGCAGCUUCACCACCUGCUGGCGAAGAAGCCCCUACAGUCAAUGGAGGCCAGUCAGACUCAUACUCUGAGAGCAUGGACCGGGAGCCAGAGCCUGAGCCGGCAGAGGAGGUCUCGGAGAAUGGACCUUUAUUAGCUGACUCCCCACCAGUCAUAGCUGCUCCCUCCAUGUGGACACGACCGCAGAUCAAGGACUUCAAGGAGAAAAUCCGGCAGGAUGCAGACAGUGUGAUCACGGUGGGGCGCGGCGAGGUGGUGACAGUGCGUGUACCCACCCACGAGGAGGGCUCCUACCUGUUCUGGGAGUUUGCCACGGACUAUUAUGACAUCGGCUUUGGGGUCUUCUUCGAGUGGACAGAUGCUGCCUCUGCUUCAGUCAGUGUGCACGUGUCAGAGUCCAGUGAUGAGGAUGAGGAUGAUGAAGGUGACCCUCCCACUGAGGAGGAGAAGGCAAAGAAGGAGGCAGGGAAGCCCCAGGUGGAUGAGAUUGUGCCGGUGUACCGGCGGGACUGUCAUGAGGAGGUAUACGCCGGCAGCCACCAGUACCCUGGCCGCGGAGUCUACCUGCUCAAGUUUGACAACUCCUAUUCACUCUGGCGCUCCAAGAGUGUUUACUACAGAGUCUACUACACCAGAUAAGCCUGAAUACAGACACAGGGGGAGCCAAGGAGUGUGUAUGUUGAUAUAUGUGUGUGUGUGUGUGUGUGUGUGUGUGUGUGUGUGUGUGUGUGUGUGUGUGUGUGUGUGUGUGUGUGUGUGUGUGUGUGUGUACGUGGAGAUUUGUGCGAUGGCAGCCUGUAUGUGUGUGUAUGUGUGAAGGAGAACAUGCUACCAGAUGUAUUCUGGACAAAACCACCAGAGGGUGACAAAGAGACACAUCUGGAGCCCUAGUCUGGAGAUUUGACUAAUAUGUAUGUACUGUAUGUGUAUGCGUGUCCCAAGAUACACCCAUGUUAGAUCCUGUCAUCGAGCCCUUGGAAGAGGAGUGUGUAUUCCUGUUGUAUAUUCACCACCUGUCCUUGCUGCGCUCACAUAGACCAAGCUGUAGGACUUCGCUCUCAUGUUGUAGUUGACCACUUUUCAUCCUGGGCUCGUCUUCUGUCACCGCUCCAGCCCAACACAGUCCAACGUGGCCUUGUGGCUGCUUCUGCCCUGAGUGAUGCUUUCAUAACCAUGAACGGAAACCAAGCGACUCCAGCGCUCUGUCAGCCAAAUGUUUCCUGUUUGGUGGUAAUGGUGGUUGUUUAUCCCACAAGAACACAGACAAUGUACGUCAUAACACUAUACCUUUGUUCCACUGAGAGCUUCUGGUCUUUGCCAAGUCUCACUCACAGAUUAAAACACCAGUGUACACAAACUUAAUCAUCCUUUUUGUUGUAAAACAGUAGUUUGUCAUUCUCUUCCGAGCUACCAUGCAUAUAUGAAGAUCUGAGAGGAUGUUUAGUGAAAUCAGUGCUCUUUUUGGCUUAUUCCUGUGCAGAAACAGUCUGUUUUUCAUCUUUAUUUCUUGAUACAAUCUAAUUAACACAGUGUACCAGGAGUAGGUGUUUUAGUUUAGAGGGUUUACAGGCAGAAUUUAUGAAGGACAGGCAAGAAAUCACAGCACGGUUUUGGGUAAAUUCCAACUGAAGUCAUGGGUGUUAAGUGAGAAAGUACAAAACAACAUGCACAUGGUAAAGUAUGGCUGUGGGCCCUCUGGCCUUGUAAACUCAAGCAUCUCAGUGUGUAAUACAAAAUAAGAGGUUAAAAACAAAUUACUUAAUAAAUAUUUGUUCUCCCUUCGUCCUACAAAUAUUUUUUCUGUGUGAUGCUGUUUCAGUUUGUUCCGUUUGCCUCAGUGCUUCUCGACAGUCCCUGUCUGUAUAGUUACACCACACGAAUAUUACAUUGAAUUGUCCUUUGCUCAUCAAUUCUUUAUGAAAGAAUCAAAAAAAAGGACAUAGUAUUAGGACAGCUGUUAUCUUAAUAUUUUUGUGUUUAUCAUUCUGUGUGUUUAGAGUUGCUGUACUCAGUUCUGACACACAACAUCUAACAAUAAAGAUUACAUUUUUUGGAGGUUGUGACACUGUUACGUCUCUGCAGCGCUCAGAAAACCGAAACCUAAAACAGUGCCGGUGUUCUGUUUUUUUUCUUCCUGGUAUGAAUCAACUCAACUUCUCACCUCAAACAUUGUGAAUCCUGAAUAAACUGAGAUAGACUUAUAAAUGUGUCUUGGGUGACGUGGUUGCUUACUAACUCAGUUGUGACAUCUAAAUGUAUUUUUUUUUUUUUUUUGCCAUAAUUUAGAUUAAUUCUGUUGUUCAGUUUCACAUUGAAUAUGCAUGUACCACCCAGGUGCAUUAUGAGCAGUGCUGUAUCAGCUGUAUCCUGUCUGAAUCUGAAUGAUGGUUGUUCAAUGGGGAGUGUCUUAAGUGGUUGUCAGAGACAUUUGGUUUCAUUUUAUCACACUUACUAGAGCUGCAUUUGUACAUUUUUAUGUGUGUGUGCAACCAAACUUUAAAGACACAGGUGGAGUAUCUUGCAAGUUGAGUACUCCUCCAAUGUCUUUUCUGAGUGUCAAUUUGUCAUAUUAUUUAAUUAGAGGCUGCUAAUGCCUCCUGUCCAUUAAGUGAUUUGUGUAACAAGAUGUCACUACCUAUGGCUUAAACAAGCCAUGAAGUUCAAGCAAGUUCCCAUAUCUUCUGACUUGUGUUGUUUGUUUUUCUUAAGUUUCUUAUUGUUCACCAAAUGGUUUGAGUUGACUUGUUCAAGCCUUGUAUGUAAAUAAUUCUACAAAUGAGUUUAUGUAUGGGUUUUUAAAUGUGGGAGAAGGCUAUGGUUUUGAGAAUCAAUGCACUGUAAAAUAUGGUGAAUGAGAUAUAUGUAUACAUUUUCCCCCGAAUGAAAGUCCAAAAUUCAUAGCAAGUAUAAAACUGUAAGACUCUAUUGACAUGACAGACAGAGAAGCUCAUCUUUUUGUAUUGUUUUCACUUGUUUGGAUCUCUUACGAGUUGCAAGAUCUUUUUGGGCAUAUAUUUAAUCUUGAUUAAACUUAUGUUCAUCUCUAGAA